AUGGUGCACGCGGAGCACGGCAGCAGCAGGGCUGGCAGCAGCAAGAGCGCUGGCAGCCCCUUCCACGCGGAGCACGCGCCGCUAACGCGCGCGCACAUGGUGCACUACGUGGACGUGCACCUGCCGUGGUCGCACUCCCUCCGCGCCUGCUGCCUCCCCCGCAUGCUCCGCCCCGCCCCGUCCAUCACCUUCCGCAUCUCAAGCCUCGCCUCGCUGCGCAAGCACCUGCAGCAGCCCGUGCCGCCCGCCAUGCCGCCCUUCCGCUUCGGCCAUAAGCCCCCGCGCGCCAUCACCGCCUACUCCGCCACCGUCCCGCUCUCCGCCCCUCCUCCCCGCCCUCCAAGCGGUGCCACUGCUGGCGUUGGCGCCUCUACUGCAGCUGCUGCUGCCAGUGCUGCUGCUGAAGAGCGCACAGCAGCACCUUCCUUGGCAGACCAGUAUCGGUGGAAGGUGGACGCGGCGCCUGUGGUGGCAGCAGAGGGGAUGAUGCUCGAAUGGCUGGCAGAGCCACGUGUCGGCCUGCUACUGGACCUCCAGAAUCUCAGGCGCCAGCUGGCAGAUCAUCUGAGCAUGCAUGAUAUAGCUGCUGCGCGUGCGGCAGCCAGGGCGAGAGGCACCGCUGGGGCCAGAGGCACUGCUGGGGCUAGAGGCACGAGGGCGGCAGGUAGCCCUCGCCUGUGGUGGUGCUGCUGGCUGUGCAGUGACUGUUUUACGCGCUACCGCCGUGCCGUGUCCAUGGCUGCUUUCAUCGUGCUUGUCGCCAAGUUCCCCCGCUUCGUCACUCUCUGGCGGUCGCACGUCCAGUCUGGUUCUGUGAUCUUUCCCCACCUGGCGUUUCAGUUUGGUGCGGGGCGGCAGGCGCAGGAUGACUGUGUGGCGUCGCUGCUGCUGCAGGUGCUGGGAGUGAAGGGCAAGCAGCAGCUGGAGACCGGCUUUGCUGCCCACCUGCUGCCGCUGCUGCCGGGGGGGAGGCACGCGCAUGGGCAGGCGGGAGAGGAAGGGGAAAGUCGGGGGGGGGAGGUGGGAGAGGGGGAGGAGUGGAAGGACGGGUUGAGGGGGGUGGAGUGGGAGGAGUAUGUGGAACGCGUGGGGGAGAUUGCCGCCCAGGGAGGGCUGGUAGGCGAGCAGUACCGCUGCUGCUGCUCGCAGUGUUGUAAGGGAGAGGGCACCGAGGGAAGAGCGACUGCGGCUGUGGGAGUCCCACCCGGCAGCAGCGGCAUGGUGGUAUCGGGUGUGGACCCCACAGAGUUCGCCCUCAAGUGCGCCACUCUCUUUUGCGAGCCCAUGUUCGCCAACAAUGCUGCUCUCGUCUUCUCCGACUGUGCUGCCCACCGCCACAAGGAGAGCGUGGAAGACGCUGCCGUGGAGGGAGCAGUGAACAGGCUGGCAGCGGCGGAGAGAAGCACAGAGGGCAGUGGAGUGCAGGGUCGGGGGAAGCGAGCAGUGGAACCAGAGGCUCCAACAGUGUCUCCUGCUGCUACUGCUGCUGGGUCUACAGCACUGCAGAUGCUACGCCCGCAAGGGUUUGCCACCGCGCUCCCGCAUCCACUUCACGACCUACCGAACCUGCUGCAGAGGUUCGGCGUGCCCAAGCUUCCGGCCGCCACAGGCGAGGAAGGUCUGGCAAGGGCGGUUUGGCAGGACUUUCCGGAAGGGGACAGGGCGACAGUGGCAGAGGUAGAGAAGGAUCCCGGAUUCUUGGGACUCAACACUUUCCACGUGGGGGCAUUUUGCGGUGGCAUGGGGUUGGACGAGGAGGAGAUGCAUACGGAGUACAACGUAGGGCGGCCGAACCUGCCCCGCCGGGGCGCCGCGUCCACCUCCCAUCGCAGCCCUGGUGUCGGGAGCACUCUGCGGGACACCUCGAACGGUCACUUCUUCCCCACGCUGGGCCACCGCGUGGAGGAGUUUCUGAGAAGGUUCGCCCCCAAGAAGCUGGCAAGGGAGGGCAGGAAGGGCCCUCUAACGGAGGUGGAGGCGUUUAUAAAGCUGAUCGCGGACACCAUUUCUCCCGUGCCUGCCUGCAGCCGCUGCUACCGCUGCUUCUGCCAAUACUACCGGGCUGUGAAGCACACAGCGAUCGCCGCGUCCUUCGCCUACCGCCCCUCAUCCGCGCUGCUGCACUGCCUCCUCUCGCUCUCCCCGGCCCGCUCCGCGACCUUCGAAUCCCUCUUGGAGAAGCUACACGUGCCUCCUGUCCCUGCGGUGGUCCCGGACUCACUGGUGGCGCCGCUGCUGGAAGGCGUGGCAGAGGAGAAGCGCCUGAGGCUGCUCUUCGUGGGCAUGCUGCACAUGAGCAAGGAGAACGCCAUUCCAAAAAUUCUGGAACCUGUCGACACCGAUGGGGAAGGGGGGGGGCAGCAGCAGCAGGGGGAGGAGGAGUGGAGGAUGUGGGAGGAGGUGGACAGCUGGUGCAUUGCGGCUGGGAGAGCGUGGCCUGCUGUGGAGGCCCACGACUCGCCGCUGCAGAUGGGAGGAGGGAAAGGAGUGGGGCGUGUGGGGAGAGAGGAGUCAGAGGAUUGCUGUGAGGGCAUGAGGCGUGCGAUCAUGGAAGAUGAAGCUCUCAGGGCUGCCGGGAAGGAUGCUGGGAAGGAGAAGGGGAGGGCAGGGGCGUCGUACCUGGAGCCGUGGCCGGGGGGGGUGAAUCCUCUGGCGUGUUUGAGGGAGAUGCUGCUGGGGGAGACCAGCUACUGCCCCCAGGGGAAGGUGGACGCCCUUGCCGCUGCUGACGCUGCUGGUGCUGCUACAGCUGAGGGACACGGUGACAAGGGAGGGCGGCGUGGGUGUGCGUCGGCACAGUGUGGCAAGGUGGAAGGGGCGGGGGUGCAGCUGAAGCUAUGCUCGCGGUGUGGCAAGGCUGCCUACUGCAGCAGGGAGUGCCAGAGGGCCCACUGGCCCUCGCACAAGCUCACAUGCCAGCCCAAGGGUAAGGAAAAGGUCGAGGAAUAA